AUGUCUAGUAUACACAAAAGAGCACAAUCCAAACUAUGCCAAAGGAGUACUGGCCGCCAUCUUCUUGGUAAAUGGCUUUCACUGUAUUGGCUGGGUACCUUUAUGGUCCUCCCCAUCCGAGAUCCUGACUUACAAACUGAACCUCGUGGAGUGACAGUCCAAACUGGCUUGCUGUAUAUUUCUAGUUUCUUUGCUACCUUUGUUAACUCGAUCGGUCUCGAGAACGUCAGAUGGAAUUAUUAUGUAGCUUACGUGGUUUACACGUUGUUGGAGAGAAGAAAUAUGUUGACGGGUAAAGGUGUUCAUACUGACAUUGAAACCAUUGUCCGAUCACCUGAUGCUAGGAGCGACAAGGAACAAGAGGAGGCAAGCAUCAACAUUACAUCUAAGGUAUAA